AUGUCUUCCCAAACCCCCAUCUCUCAAUAUCUAUUCGCCCUCCAAUCACUCCCUCUUCUCGGCAGCGGCCUCUACACCCUCCUUUCUCCCGCUUCCGCUGCGCAAUCACCGUAUCUACCUCUGCGGGGCGUCAGCAUAGGGACUAUCCAAGCAAUGAGUCUUUCCUCCUUGACGCUGGGCACUUUCUAUGCUCUCGUCGCCUAUCAGAAUAACACCCAGAUGAUGGUGGCUACGAUACCGACACGGUUUCUGGCCGCGGUGGUGUUCUAUCGGACGGGUGAGGAAGCGUGGAAACAGGUCGCGCCUUUCGAGGCGGUUAUGGGGGUUGUUACUGCUGUGGGGGUUUGGUUGUGGGGACGUGAGAGUCUGUCAUUGAUUUAUUUAUCGAGAACCCUCGCCGAAGAUGUUUGUAAUCCAAGAAAGAGUAGAGUUGUACCUACUGGCAUCUCUCACCCACCCACUGCACUCUACAGAAGAGUGAACAACCAUCCCAGUCACACGCCAUCUUAUCCUUAUGGAGACAUUAUAUCUCCCCGUAGCUUUUUACUAUCAAAAAUUGCCAAAUAA